AUGGGCAUUCUAAAUGACGAUGCAGUUUUGAUUAAAGAAGCAGAAAAAGCAGGAGACAAAACUCUAAUCACUGUAAAUUGUCCAGACAAAACAGGUCUUGGCUGUGAUUUGUGUCGAAUCAUUCUCCUCUUUGGCCUCAGUAUCGCUAAAGGAGAUGCAUCAACAGAUGGGAAAUGGUGUUAUUUGGUUUUCUGGGUGGUGGGAAAGCCGACAACCAGGUGGUAUUUAUUAAGAGAGAGGCUACGUGAAGUAUGUCCACCGUGCACCCUGCCAAUGGCGGAGAUCUACUACUUCCGGCCGGAGUUUCAGCAGCCGAAGCCACCAAAAGUUUUCCUUUUGAAGUUCUGGUGUACCUUUGAUCGGAAAGGCCUCUUACAUGAUGUAACAAAGGUCCUUUGUGAGCUAGAGCUUUCGGUUAAGAGAGUAAAAGUAUUUACAGCGCCAGAUGGGACAGUGAUGGACCUUCUGUUUGUUACAGAUACAAGAGAGCUUCUUCAUACAAAAAAGCGACAAGAGGAAACAAAGAGUCAAUUAAACGCGAUGUUAGGAGAUAACAUAAUAAGUUUUGAGAUCGAAUUGGCUGGUCAUGAAGUCACAGCUAACCCUCAAGGAUCAGCAUUUCUUCCACCUGCAAUCACAGAUGACAUGGAUAAUGCACUCAUCUCUAAACGUGUAUCCGUAAAAUUCGACAACGAGCUUAGUCCUUCGCACACUCUCAUGCAAAUACUUUGCCAAGAUCAUAAAGGCUUGAUCUAUGACAUCAUGCGUACCUUAAAAGACUACAACAUUCAGGUUUCAUAUGGGCGAUUUUCGGCGAAAGCGAAAGAUUAUGAAGUGGACUUGUUUAUAAUGCAAGGAGAUGGAAAGAAGAUAAUGGACCCCGAGAAGCAAAAGGUGAUUUGUUCGCGUCUUAGAAUGGAACUUGUUCGCCCUCUUCGAGUGGAAGUGAUGAGUCGUGGUCCGGAUACCGAGUUGUUGGUGGCUAACCCGGUCGAGUUAGCCGGAAAAGGGCGGCCACUUGUGUUUUAUGACAUCACACUUGCAAUAACAAGUCUCAGUAUACGAAUCUUCUCGGUUGAGAUUGCAAGGCACAGAAUUCAUGAUCGAGAAUGGGAAGUCUAUAGGGUACUUCUAGAUGAAGGUGACGUGGCUUUGGUGCCAAGGAGCACGAUCAAAGAGUGUGUUGUCAAAAACUUGAUGGGAUGGGAAUGAUAGUGGAAAUAGAAUCGUUGUACAUUAGAAAUUUGUCAUGAAUCCAAGGGUAUUAUUAGUAUAAUAGAUAAGUUGUAUAUAUAGUACAAGUUAGCAAUGCAAUCGAGUGUAGAAUAUAGAAUAUGUAAGGGGGUAUGAGUCAUGACCCCGAUCGUAUAUACACCAUAUACCAUCCUGUACAAUGUGCAGCUUAAUGUGUACAUAUUUUGGCUUAUAAAUCAUCUUAAUGUGGUUGGUUGCU